CGCGGGACGCCAGGUCCGGCCCGGAGCGAGGGGCGGGGGCCCGGGAGUGGGCGGGGGCCGCCGGGUCGGUGGGAACCUGCGCCGAGCGGCCGGGAUGAGCCAUGGCAUCGGUCAAGGUGGCCGUGAGGGUCCGGCCCCUGAAUCGCAGGGAGAAGGACUUAGAAGCCAAAUUCAUUAUUCAAAUGGAGAAAAGCAAAACAACAAUCACAAAUUUAAAGAUACCAGAAGGAGGGACUGGUGACUCGGGCAGAGAAAGGACCAAGACCUUCACCUAUGACUUUUCCUUUUAUUCCGCUGAUACAAAAAGUCCAGAUUAUGUUUCGCAAGAAAUGGUUUUCAAAACCCUUGGCACAGAUGUCGUGAAGUCUGCAUUUGAAGGUUAUAAUGCUUGUGUCUUUGCAUAUGGGCAAACUGGAUCGGGAAAGUCAUACACUAUGAUGGGAAAUUCUGGGGAUUCUGGCUUAAUACCGCGAAUCUGUGAAGGGCUCUUCAGUCAGAUAAAUGAAACCACCAGAUGGGAUGAAGCAUCUUUUCGAACUGAAGUCAGCUACUUAGAAAUUUAUAAUGAACGUGUCAGAGAUUUACUUAGACGGAAGUCAUCAAAAACCUUCAAUUUAAGAGUUCGUGAGCACCCAAAAGAAGGUCCUUAUGUUGAAGACUUAUCCAAACAUUUAGUACAGAAUUAUGGUGAUGUUGAAGAACUUAUGGAUGCAGGAAAUAUCAAUCGUACCACAGCAGCAACUGGGAUGAAUGAUGUUAGUAGCAGGUCGCAUGCCAUCUUCACCAUCAAGUUCACUCAGGCCAAAUUUGAUUCUGAAAUGCCAUGUGAGACUGUGAGUAAGAUCCACUUGGUGGAUCUUGCGGGAAGUGAGCGUGCGGAUGCUACCGGUGCCACUGGGGUUCGACUGAAGGAAGGGGGCAACAUUAACAAGUCCCUCGUGACUCUGGGAAAUGUCAUUUCUGCCUUAGCUGAUUUAUCUCAGGAUGCAGCAAACCCUCUUGUAAAGAAGAAGCAAGUUUUUGUGCCUUACAGGGAUUCUGUUUUGACUUGGUUAUUAAAAGAUAGCCUUGGAGGAAACUCUAAAACUAUCAUGAUUGCCACCAUUUCACCUGCUGAUGUCAAUUAUGGAGAAACCCUAAGCACUCUUCGCUAUGCAAAUAGAGCCAAAAACAUCAUCAACAAGCCCACCAUUAACGAGGAUGCCAACGUCAAGCUUAUCCGUGAGCUGCGAGCGGAAAUAGCCAGACUGAAAAUGCUGCUUGCUCAAGGGAAUCAGAUUGCCCUCCUGGACUCCCCUACCGCCUUAAGUAUGGAAGAAAAACUUCAGCAGAAUGAAGCCAGAGUUCAAGAAUUAACCAAGGAAUGGACAAAUAAGUGGAAUGAGACCCAAAAUAUUUUGAAAGAACAAACUCUAGCCCUUAGGAAAGAAGGGAUUGGAGUUGUUUUGGAUUCUGAGCUGCCUCAUUUGAUUGGCAUUGAUGAUGACCUUCUUAGUACUGGAAUCAUCUUGUACCACUUGAAGGAAGGUCAGACAUACGUUGGUAGAGAAGAUGCUUCAACAGAACAAGAUAUUGUUCUUCAUGGUUUGGACUUGGAGAGUGAGCACUGCAUCUUCGAGAAUGCGGGGGGCACUGUGACUCUGAUCCCCUUGAGUGGGUCUCAGUGCUCUGUGAAUGGUGUUCAGAUCACGGAGGCCACACACCUAAAUCAAGGUGCUGUGAUACUUUUGGGAAGAACCAAUAUGUUCCGCUUCAACCACCCAAAGGAGGCAGCCAAACUCAGGGAGAAGAGGAAGAGUGGCCUUCUGUCCUCCUUCAGUCUGUCCAUGACUGACCUCUCCAAGUCCUGUGAGAACCUGUCCACGGUCAUGCUGUACAACCCUGGACUUGAAUUUGAGAGGCAACAACGAGAAGAACUUGAAAAAUUAGAAAGUAAAAGAAAGCUCAUAGAAGAGAUGGAAGAGAAGCAGAAGUCCGACAAGGCAGCGCUAGAGCGGAUGCAGCAGGAGGUGGAGACGCAGCGCAAGGAGACGGAGCUGGUCCAGCGCCAGAUCCGCAGGCAAGAGGAGAGCCUCAAGCGCCGCACGGUGCACAUCGAGAGCCGCCUCAAGGACCUGCUGGCCGAGAAGGAGAAGUUCCAGGAGGAGAGGCUGCGGGAGCAGCAGGGCGUGGAGCCGCAGAAGCCGCAGCACGAGGACCCGAGCUGCCCGCGCGUCUGCGACGAGCUCCAGCGGCUCCAGGAGCUCAACCGCACCGAGAAGACGGAGAAGCUCCAGAUCUUCCAGGAACUGGACCGGCUGCGCAGGGCGAAGGAGGAGCACUCGGCCCAGCUCGAGUGGGAGAAGCAGAGGCUGGAGGCGCAGGAGAAGGAGCAGGCGAUGCUCGUGGUGCACCUGGAGGACCAGCUCCGGGAGAAGCAGGAGCUGCUCCGGCUCCUGCAGCGGGGCGAGGUGCAGCGGGUAGAGGAGGAGAGGCGUGACCUGGAGGGCAUCCGGGAAGCCCUGCUGCGGGCCAAGGAGGCACGUGCCGAGGGCGAGGAGGACGGCGAGGAGGCGGCCCGCGCGCAGCUGCAGUUCCUGGAGUUCAAGAGAAGGCAGCUGGUCAAGCUGGCCAACCUGGAGAAGGAUCUGGUGGAGCAGAAGGACGUCCUGAGAAGGGAAGUCGAGGAAGAGCAGGGGUUCCUGGAGCGUCUCCAGCCCAGAAGUGAGGAGGAGUUUCGGGCAGUGGGGAGAAGCGAGGACGGGGGCACCAACGCCGUCCCCGCGGCCCCGGAGCACCGACUGCAGUGUAAGGAGCGCCAGCUGCAGCACCUCCUGCAGCAUCACUUGCCGACUCUGUUGGAAGAGAAGCAGAGGGCGCUGGAGGUCCUGGACAGAGGCCCCCUCAGCCUAGACAACACCCUGUAUCAAGUGGAGAAAGAAAUGGAAGAGAAGGAGGAACAGCUGGCCAAGUACCAGGCCAGCGCCAGCCAGCUCCAGAAGCUCCAGGCCACCUUUGAGUUCACCGCCAACCUGGCGCGGCAGGAGGAAAAGGUGAGGAGGAAGGAGAAAGAAAUCCUGGCGUCGCGGGAGAAGCAGCAGAGAGAAGCGCUGGAGCGCGCCGUGGCCAGGCUGGAGCAGCGCCACUCGGCCCUGCAGCGGAGCUGCGCCCUGGGCCCGGAGGUGGAGGAGCAGAGGCAGCGGCUGGCCUUGCUGCCCGGCGGCCACGGCGAGCAGACAGGACUCCAGGCCAGCCUGGAAGCCGAGCAGGAGGCCCUGCAGAAGGACCGGGAGAGGUUAGAACAUGAAAUACAGCAGCUGAAGCAGAGGAUCAGUGAGGUCGAUGUUGUUCAGAAAGAGCAUUGCGGAGCCUUAGAGGGGAAGAGCGCUGCUUCCAGUUUGUCAUCCAGUGCUGAAAAAUCUCAUCUGGGUUCUCUCAUGGAUGACAGGAUUAAUGCUUAUAUUGAAGAAGAAGUCCAAAGACGUCUUCAGGAUUUGCAUCGUGUGCUUGGUGACUAUAGUGAUAACUCCACAGAUAUGAUGAAGAAUAACGAGAAGCUUCACAAUGGCACCAUUCAACGAAAGCUAAAAUAUGAGCGGAUGGUUUCUCGCUCUCUGGGAGCAAAUCCAGACGACCUGAAGGAUCCAAUUAAAAUUAGUAUUCCACGCUACGUCCUCUGCGGGCAAGGGAAAGAUGAGCACUUCGAGUUUGAGGUCAAGAUUACUGUCCUAGAUGAGACAUGGACUGUAUUCAGGCGUUACAGUCGUUUUCGGGAAAUGCAUAAGACAUUGAAGUUAAAGUAUUCAGAGCUUGCUACCCUUGAAUUUCCGCCAAAGAAACUAUUUGGAAACAAGGAUGAACGGGUGAUUGCCGAGAGGAGAAGUCACUUAGAGAAAUACCUCAGAGACUUUUUCAGCGUGAUGCUUCAAUCUGUGACCUCUCCCCUUCACAUCAACAAAGUGGGCCUGACCCUGUCCAAGCACACCAUUUGUGAGUUCUCACCAUUCUUCAAGAAAGGAGUCUUUGACUACAGCAGUCAUGGAACUGGGUAGCGCCAGGGUGAUGGAGGAGCCACCAAUGCAGUGCCUUCCUGUCGACGCAGCCUCCAAGUGCAAGGCAGCCUCCGAGUCCUGGGCCAGGCCCGCCGCCUCCUGUUGCCGGCAGCCUCGAGCAGUUUGCCUGGACCACCUCGCCAGCUCAGACCUAGUGCCUGACUUUGCAACUGGGAUGCUUUGCUCGCUGAUGAGGACUUGGAUGGGUAACAGUUCCUACUCCAUUGCAGUUGAAUGUGGCCUUUUCCCCAUAGUGCUUCCUUCCUGUUGCACAGUGGAGCCCAUCCCCUGUGCCAGGAUGGAUGUGGCUUGAUUAUCCAGGCUCUCUGAGCCCAGCCAGCUUGAGACCUCCCAGAGUGGGUGGCUUACCAGACCUCCCUUAAAUGACUUUCAUCUGGUUUCUUCUUUCACUAAAAUGCACUCAGAAUUUUUUAUAUUCUUUCCAUGUGGCUGGCUUGAUCCCAAGAAAAGCAUUUUAAAUUAUUUCAUUGUAUUUUUUCUCCUCCUUUGAACCAGAACUUUUGUAUAAUACCUAAACUGUUGUUUACACAGAAUUUCACAUUCUGCAAAAGGGAUUUUCUGUUCAAUCAUGACUGGAGUCUUCCAAUCUCCACAAAUUGGAUGUCGGUUACAUCAUUUGAAACUUCUAUGAAUCCAUACUAAUAGGGUGUUUGUUUAAUCUUGAAUAUUUGAGAGAAUUUUUCCCAAAUAUAAAUGGCUACUGUGCAUUCUAAACUUUUUUCUGCUAAGCACAAAAUGAGCAUAUAGGUGAUUGCAUAUUUUUAGACAUUAUUUUCACAUUUUUGUUACAGAAUCAACUGGCUCUUUCGCUUAAAAACUAGUUUAUUGAGAUCCCUUAAAUUACUCAGGACUUAAUGUAGCAUUGCACCUCCAUGUACAGUGAAAUUGCUUUGUUUUACAAAAGAGAAAAAAAAUGUGAGCAGAAAAACACAUGGUAUAUAUUGAAAUGUAUAUAAUUCUACCUAUAGAUUUAUAUAUGUAUACAAUUGUAUAAUUGUAUCAAAAUAUGUAAUCAUUCACACCAAAUUUAUUAAAGGUAUUUGCUUUUCCAAAUUUAAAGUGAGCUGCUAUCAAUAUUAAAUGAAGUCCAGAAUCCUAUAUCUCAGUUUAAGUUUGUAAUACUGUCAUUUCUAGAAGUCUAUUAAAAAUGUAUCUAAUGUGCUUGGAAAGAAGCAUAAUGUAUAAUUCAGCUGCAUUUGUGUUGAGACGAUUCGGUUUCAGUAAUGACUGAAGUUCACAAGUGAAUGGGUAACAAAAUGUAUAUGUAUUCAAUCAUCUAAAAUAUGAUGGUUCAACAGAGCUCUCCAUCCUGAAAAAUAAGUAUAAAGAUGCAAUUAUCCCAAUAAGGGGGAAAUAUUAUCACACUAAUUAGAUACUAUAGUUUAGCAUGAAAAAAAUGAGGACUUUGUUUUAAUCUCUAUGGAAAGACUUGCUUUUUGUCUGCAGUCUUUAUUACAAGUAUGAGUAUAGAGGCAAUUACUACAAGAUAAUUUAAAAUUAGAGAUUAAAAAAGAUGAAAGCUGGAAGAUAAUAAUUAACCAUAGGUCAUCAAUUUAAAAGGAAUGUGAGUGCUAAGUGCUUGCUAAGUAAACGAAAUGGUAUUUCUUAACUGACAGUUAAUGUAUUCUCUGCCCUCUGGAUCAGAGGCCAGGCUUAUCACAAAAUUUCACUAAUAUCAACCCCAUGUAUAGUAGUAACUUGGCCAGAAUUGUGUUUGUGAAAAAUGCAGAAAUCCUAAGACUCGUGAUUCUAGUCCUCAGUUGAGGAGCAAUUUGUAUUUUGUUUGAGUUCAAGUUCAUCUGGCUCUGGCUGAAGCAGGCUGCUGUAGCAUAAAAGACUUUUCAUCUCCUGGAAACUGACUUAUCUGAAAAUAAAGCUCCUGUAAGAAAAAUCUACAGGUUCCAUUCUAAUCCACAGUUACAAGCAAAGGAAUAAACUUCAGAUGGUAUGUUAAUGUGAAACACCCAACUUCUCUACUAUUCCAAGGCAUUUUGAUUUUAAUAAAACCUGAGGAAAUGUUGAAAAGACCAUGAAAAGACCCAUCUAAACAAUUAAUUCAGUUCCUUUCUAGGAGGACGUUAAACUGAAGUAAAAUAUCACCACUAUGUGGAGAAAAAAAGGGAGAAAUGAAAAUAUUUGUAUUCUUCAGAACUGAUGUUGAAGGCUGCCCAGACAAAGAAGUCAACACAGAGAGAUUUCUGGAGUUCUAACUAGAAUAGGCAGGUUAUUCUUAGUAGAAAAAAAUAUUUGAAAUAUUUGCAGACUGGCAAGGGGUUGGGGUUCUGUCCAGAUCCUUGGUUGACACCUUGAAGAACAAAGAAACACAAAAUCAGUCAUGAAGAAGCAGGAUAAAGCCUGUGGCUUCUUUGUGGCUCAUCACUUUGCUUGCUGUUGCAGGAGUCUGAUUCAAAUCCGUGGUAUAUCAUAGAAAGAACUGGGUGAGAUACACAAAAUAGCCAGCAGAAGAAGGAUUUUGUAUUCAGUGGUUAUAUUCUGUAAAGUAGAGAUGGUCAAACUGAGGGCUCAAAGCCCAGGGAACUUAUACCAAGGCCUCUUUUCUUAUGACUUGGUUGGGGCUAUGCAGAGUGAUGUCAGAGUUGCAAACUGGGCACUUAGGGA